GCGUUGAGUUUGGUGACAUGCGAUGGAAAGAGAUUACACCUCCAAGCAGCAGAAGAUCCACUUAAAAGCGUCGUUUUGGGAUUAACAGACGCGUGAACCCGCUAAAAGAGAGCCCCCACGCGUAACUCGUAGCUCAUUAGCGCAUUUCAUGGAGAUCCUUAGAUGACAAGACACGCUGCGGGUUGCGCUCAGCAACACGGAUCUGUAAUUUUGGAACAUGGCGAGAGGGAUGAGAGGAGCUCAUCUCCUCUUUGGAUUUUUUAUUCUUGGGUUGACGCUUUUCAGGGACGCGGACGGACAACAAACUUUUAAUGACUUAACAGGUUUCAGUUUGAAUCCACCAUACUUUAACCUCGCACAGGGCUCCGGGAUCUCCGCUACAGCAACCUGCGGACAGGAUGAGGCUGGCACACCGAGAUAUGAUUUAUACUGUAAACUAGUCGGAGGGCCUACAAAUGGACUUCUUACUCAAAAUAUACAGGGUCAGUUUUGUGACUACUGCAACUCCGUUGACCCAAACAAAGCCCACCCUGUGACCAAUGCCAUUGACGGGACUGAACGGUGGUGGCAGAGCCCUCCUCUCUCCAGGGGGAUUGUCUACAAUGAGGUGAAUGUUACCCUGGACCUUGGACAGCUCUUCCAUGUCGCAUAUGUCCUCAUUAAGUUUGCGAAUUCACCACGUCCUGACCUGUGGGUGCUGGAGAGGUCUGUCGACAAUGGGAGAACCUUCACCCCCUGGCAGUAUUUUGCACAUUCAGCACGUGAGUGUAUUGAGAGGUUUGGAAAGCAGCCCAAUGCCCGUUUAUUAAAUGAUGACGACCAGCUCUGCAUCACAGAAUACUCGCGGAUCAUCCCUUUGGAGAAUGGAGAGAUUGUGGUAUCUCUUGUCAACGGCCGUCCGGGUGCCAAAAACUUUACCUACUCACCUGCGCUGCAAGACUUUACAAAGGCUACCAAUAUCCGCUUGCACUUCCUCCGCACCAACACCCUGCUCGGCCACCUCAUCUCCAAGGCCCAGAGAGACCCCACCGUUACACGCAGGUAUUACUACAGCAUCAAAGACAUCAGCAUUGGCGGACGCUGUGUUUGUCACGGGCACGCACAGAUGUGUGGUGGAGGCCGUAACCCUGACAACCCAAAUAGUCGCCAGUGCGAGUGCCAGCACAACACCUGUGGAGAGUCAUGUGACCGCUGCUGCCCAGGAUUUAACCAGAAGCCAUGGCGCGCUGCAACUGUUGACAACCCAAAUGAGUGUCAGCCCUGCCAGUGUUUCUCCCAUGCCUUCGACUGUUAUUACGACCCAGAGGUGGAAAAAAGGGGAACAAGUUUAGACACCUUCGGCAGGUUUGAUGGAGGAGGAGUGUGCAUCAACUGCCAGCACAACACUGCUGGAGUGAACUGUGAGAGAUGCACUGAAGGCUUCUACAGGCCUUACGGUGUACCUACUGAGUCUCCCACCGGAUGCAUACCCUGCGGCUGUGACGAAAGAACUACAGCUGGCUGUGAAAUGGGCUCUGGAUGGUGUAUCUGCAAGCCACAGUUUGCUGGAGAAAACUGCGAUCGCUGUGCUGAUGGACACUAUUACUACCCAGACUGCUUUCGAUAUCCAGUGUACCCAGCGACCACCAAAUCUCCUGCAGGUCCCAUUGUGGGUCCCACUGUUUGCCCUCCAGGCUAUUUUGGCGCGCCCAGCUGUCAGCCAUGUAUUUGUGACUACAGAGGGACUCUGGGUGGGAUAUGCGAUGCUUUAGGCCGCUGCCUGUGCCAGCAGAGCGUAGAGGGCGAGCGCUGCGACCGCUGUCGACCUGGAUACCACUCCUUCCCAAACUGCCGGGCAUGUCUCUGUGAUGGGGCCGGCGUGGCCGACAGCGUGUGCGGUACAAAUGGUCAGUGUAUUUGUCUCUCCAAUUAUGGGGGACGGGAGUGUGAUGAAUGUGCGCCAGGCUACUAUGGAUAUCCCGACUGUGCUGCCUGCCGGUGUUCACAGGAAGGCUCAUAUGACGCAACUUGCGACCCGUUAUCGGGUCAGUGCCUCUGCCUUCCAGGUGUGGUGGGUCAACUGUGUGAUCGUUGCGCCUCUGGUGUGAGAUUCCCUCAGUGCUCGGCCUCCAUCAGUGUGUGUAACACAGCAGGAACUGAAGCGUCUGAUCCUCGAACGGGCUCUUGCCGCUGCCUAGCAAAUGUAGAGGGAACCCUGUGUGACAGGUGUAAACCUCUAUACUGGAAUCUAGCUGUAGACAAUCCCCGUGGCUGUAUAGAGUGUCAUUGUGACCUGAAAGGGACUCUGAGUGGUGUUGGAGAGUGUGAACAGAAAAGUGGACAGUGUCACUGUAAGCCUAAUACAUGCGGGCAUGCGUGUGACUCCUGCAAAGAUGGAUACUUCCUGCUGCAGAAAAAGAAUUAUUAUGGGUGUCAAGGUUGCCAAUGCGAUAUAGGUGGUGCCAUUGGCAUGGCAUGCAAUGACAUAUCAGGACAGUGCCAGUGUCGGAGGAAUAUCAUUGGCCGUAAAUGCACCGAGCCAGCACCUGGCUACUACUUUCCCACUCUACACCAGCUGAAGUUUGAGGUGGAGGAUGGUACCUCACCAAAUUCCAGACCAGUACGCUUUGGUUAUAGCUCCCAGGAGUUCCCAGACUUCAGCUGGAGAGGUUACGCUGUGAUGUCCCCCGCACAGACUGAAGUCAGAGUAACAGUGCAUGUUGAGCCGAAAGAUGGGAGGCAGCAUUUGUUCCGUGUGGUUCUGCGGUUCAGUAACCCCAGCAGCACCCGUGUGACUGCUAGCAUCAAGGCGACCAAUAGCAGAGGCACUCCAGGGUCAGAACAGAGUAAAGAAGUAAUAUUUCCCGUUAGUCCGUCCCCAUCCUUCCUCACUGUGCCUGGAGAUGGCUUUGCUGAGCCCUUUGAAUUGACUCCUGGGACAUGGAUCAUGCACAUAAGAGCAGAAGGAGUUCUCCUGGACUACUUAGUGUUACUACCCCAGGAUUACUAUGAAGCGCCUCUCCUGCAGGAAAAGAUCACUCAGCCAUGCACAUAUUUACCCACCGCAAACAAGGAUGAAAACUGUCUGUUGUAUAAGCACAUAGCCCUGGAUGGCUUCAGCUCUGCACUGGGCUCACAGGGAACAUUCACAACCCGGCGUGGGCGCAAGAGGAGGCAGGCUCGUGUGCGGCGUCUCACCCCCGAUCACCCUGAAAUGGCUGCUCUCAAUGGGAGACAGUCUCAGCUGCAGCUCAGCCUGCUUGUACCCCAUUCUGGGCCAUAUAUGCUUAUUCUGGAGUAUGCCAGCGAGGUGGACACUGUCCAAAAUGUCAACAUACUCAUCAGUGGACAAUCAGUUGACCCGGUUAUGGGCAGGGCUAAUAUUUACAGCUGUGCCUUCAGCAAUCUGUGUCGAAGUAUGGCAGUGGACAACAGAAACCAAGUAGCAGUGUUUCAGCUAAGUCACAGGUCUGAAGUUCUCUUGCAGACCUCCACAGCAUCAUUCCUUCUGUAUAAAGUGUACGCGGUUCCUGCAGAGGAGUUCUCCAUUGAGUAUGUAGACCCUAAAGUCCUGUGCGUCUCCACUCACGGUCGCUUCACCGAAGACACCUGGCACUGUGUCCCGAGGCAGUUUGACAAACCCACUUCAGCUUGGAUCCUGUAUGCAGCCCGCGAUGGCCAGCUAUUGUCCACACCAGCUGUGGCUCCCCAACAAAGAGAGAUUGAGGAUUGGAGGCGGAGACGACAGUCUGGGGUGAUCCCUGUCCGUGAACCUGAGUGUGAUGGGAUACUACUUAAAUUCCCACAGACGGAGAUUACUUUCACCCCCAAUGUGCCUCUUCCGGGCAGGUAUGUGAUAAUAGUGCAUUAUCACCAGCCUGAACAUAUCGCCUUCCCUGUGGAAGUGCGAGUUGACGCGGGCCGUGAAUGGAAGGGUAUGAUAAAUGCUUCGUUCUGCCCUGCAGUCUCUGGAUGCAGGGAGGUAGUCAUCGCUGAUGGGCGCAUUGCCCUUGACUUUGAGAGAAAUCCUUGGCAGCUACCCGUCAUCUCUGUGAGGGUGCCACCUAGAAAGACUCUGAUUCUGGAUUAUAUCAUGUUGGUACCUGAUAGCGUUUACACCCCAGAGCUCCUCAGAGAGAAACCGCUGGAUAAAUCUGAAGAUUUCAUACAGCAGUGCCGAGAAGAAGGGUUCUAUAUUGACCCAAGAACAUCUUCCCAGUUCUGCAGAGACUCGGCCCGCUCUCUUGUAGCAGCAUAUAACGAUGGUGCUCUGCCGUGCGACUGUGACACAUCUGGCUCUACAGGAAGCGUCUGUGAUGCAGUUGGAGGACAGUGUCCCUGCAGGCCACAUGUGAUUGGGCGGCAGUGCACAAAGUGUGCCACUGGAUACUUCGGAUUUCCCUACUGCAGACCGUGUGAUUGUGGCCGCCGACUAUGCGACGAAGUGACGGGACGCUGCAUCUGCCCUCCUCAGACAGUCAGACCGGCCUGCGAUGUGUGUCAGAAUCAGACUUUCAGCUACCACCCUUUGCUGGGCUGUGAGAAUUGUGAAUGCUCCCCAAGCGGCAUUGCUGCAAAUGCAGGGGCUCAGUGUGACCGCAAUACUGGUCAGUGCAGUUGUAAGCCGAGGAUUGGAGGCCGGAAGUGUGAUCGCUGUGCUCCAGGUUAUUAUCGCUUCCCUGACUGUGUGCCCUGUGACUGUAAUCAAGGUGGAGUUACAUCUAAUGUGUGUGACCCAGACACAGGAAGGUGUCUCUGCAAGAGAAAUGUUGCUGGGGUCAGGUGUGAUACUUGUCGGGAAAGGUCCUUCUAUUUUGACCCCUCAAACCCUCUCGGCUGUACCAGCUGCUUCUGCUUUGGAGUCACUGACCAGUGUCAGAGCUCCAGCAAACGCAGGGGGAAGUUUGUUGAUAUGCAGGGCUGGCGUUUGGAAAGUCCCGACAGAGAGGAGGUUACAUCUGUGUUGAACAAAGCCAGUAACACGGUGGUGGCAGAUAUCCAGGAACUUUCUCCCGCAGUUCAAACGUUACACUGGGUGGCACCACCGUCCUAUCUAGGAAACAGGGUUUCAUCUUACGGUGGUUUCCUGACUUACCAGUCCAAAUCAUUCGGGAUUCCCAGUGAGGGGAUGACUCCGAUUGGCAAAAGACCUGAUGUUGUCCUAACUGGUCAUAACAUGACUCUGAUCCACACAUCUCCACAAGCUCCACUUCCAGACAGGCUCUAUCAAGGCAGAGUACAGAUGUUGGAGGGGAACUGGCGACACGCUAUCAACAACAGGCCUGUCUCCAGAGAGGAACUGAUGAUGGUCUUGGCUGGUCUGGUGGGCCUGAGGAUCCGAGCCUUGUACUUCACCCAGAGCCAGAGACUCAGCUUGGGUGAGGUGGGCCUAGAAGGGGCCACAACCUCAGGGACUGGAGGUCCUAGUAACUUAGUGGAGAAAUGUUCCUGCCCCUCUCAGUAUACUGGUGACUCCUGUGAGAAAUGUCAGCCUGGUUACUACAGAGAUGGCAGCAGUCCUUUCCUGGGCCUCUGUGUUCCCUGUGAGUGCAACGGUCUCUCCGAUGAGUGUGAAGACAGGACAGGGCGGUGCCUGAACUGUCGGUACAACACAGCUGGGGAUCGAUGUGAGCGCUGCAAAGAAGGUUACUAUGGAGACGCAGCUCUCAGGACGUGCAGAGCGUGCCCAUGCCCAUUCACCACUAGCACAAAGAAUUUUGCGGUAGGUUGCAGAGAGGUGUAUGGAAACAUCGAGUGUAUAUGCAGAGCAGGCUACGCUGGUAGCAGGUGUGAGAGGUGUGCUCCUGGUUACUAUGGCGAUCCACUGAUCCCAAGAGGAAGUUGUCGCCCCUGUAACUGUGCUGGCAAUGGCAACAGCUGUGAUCCCAGAACUGGAGUUUGCAAGAAUGCGCUGGAGCCAGGAGACACAACCACAGAUGAACAAUGCCAAGAGUGUGAUAAUUGCGCCCAGACUUUAUUACAUGACUUAGAGGAGCUAGAUAAUGACCUGGUAAAGAUCAAGGCUGAGCUGGGCAAUGCCACUGCCAGCGCCUCCUCUCAGGACAGGCUGAAAAAGCUGGAGAAGGCUGUGGCAGACACCAAGGUUCUUGUUAGCAAAUUCCGCUCUGACGUCAACACAGAAAAACUCAAAGUUGAGCAGCUGGAAAACGACAUGGACACUCUUGAAGACGACAUUCGUUCCCUCAAAGACAAGGCUGACCGGAGGGCUUCUGAGGCUGACAAUGCAGUCGGAGAUGCUGACAAAACCUACAAGAGAGCCGAGGAUUUGAAAUCAAAGAUCGAGCAGCAAAUAAAAGAUCUACUGAAACAACUUGAGAAUCAGGAUAAGAGGGGUGAUGUGCCUGCUGAAAACUUUCUGCUUUAUGAAACUGCUAAGAGAAUGGUGAACGAGAUGGAAGACAAGAAUUUCACUCCUGAGUUGACCGCUGCAAAGAAAGAAAGCGAUGAAGCCAAGAAAUUGCUGGACUACAUCAAAAAUAAUGUAAGUAAGCAGUGUGAUGAAAAUGAGGCUGCAGCGGAUCAGAUUCGAGGUCUUCUGGAGGGUUACGAAGCCAAACUGAAAGAGCUGGACAAGGCCUUGAAAGAUGCAGCGGACUUAGUGAAAAAUGCCAAUGCCCAGAAUGGCCUUAAUGCUAAGACACUAGGAGAUCUGCAGAAACGCACCAAAGACUUAAAAAAUGAGCGGAAGAUAGUCGAGGACCAGAUGACCUUGGCCAAGAAUGAGCUACAGAAAACAGAAGAUUUGUUGAAAAUGCUCUUAGACAAUAAAACGGAGUAUGAGCAGCUGGCAGCACAGCUGGAUGGCGCCAAGACGGAUUUGACCAAGAAAGUAAAUGAAAUUUCUAAGGCUGCGGCCAAGAAGGACAUCGUGGAGGCUGCCGAAGACCAUGCUAAAAACCUAGAAAAGAUUGCAAAGGAUAUUGAGGAUGCCGUGAAGAAUGCAAGCGGACGAACUGAGGUGCGCAACGCGAAAGAUGCUAUCGAGGCCUACAAGAAUAUCACAGAUGCCAUAAAUGCAGCCGAGGCAGCUGCUAAGGAAGCCAAAGUUGCUGCAGAGAGCACCUUAAAUAAUGUAACAAACCAGAAGCUCACAGAAAAGGCAAAAGAGCUGAAGAGUCAUAGUAAAGACCUACUGACUGAGGCAGAGCAAACAGAGAAAGACCUUAAUGACACUGCUGACAACAUCACUGACCUGAAUAAGCGCAUUAAUGAUGCCAAGAAGAAGAAGAAAGCUCUUGAGAAAGACCUUCUUGAUGCACAGGGACAGUUAAAAGACAUCACGAGAGAUGACAUUGCAGCUAAGAUAAACGAGGCCAAGCAGAAGGCAGCUUCAGCCAAUCAAACAGCCAGUGACACAAUGGACAAACUCAACAAAAUGAGAAAGGAACUUGAUAAGAUCGAUGUCUCUCCCGGGAGCUCUAACCUAAACGGUAUAUUGGACGAUGUCAACCGGACAGUGAAUAAUUUGCUAAACACCAUCCCAUCUCUGACCAAUAAGAUCUCAACGGUAGAGAACCUGACCUCACAGGUCUCACCCAUUAGCAACAUAUCUGAAAACAUCAAAAUGCUCAAAGAUCUCAUUGAACAAGCCAGGGACGCAGCUAACAAGGUUACAGUCCCUAUGAACUUCCAAGGUGAUGGUCAUGUGGAGCUUCAUCCACCAAAAAAUCUGGAUGAUCUGAAAGCCUACACAGCCAUAUCUCUGAUGCUACAGAGACCUCCAGGGCGGGGAGAUGGAAAACGCAGACGUAGGCAGGCCACAGAAGAUGACAUGUUUGUGUUAUACCUUGGCAACAGAGAUUCUACAAAGAACUACAUAGGUAUGUUUCUGAGGAACAAUGAGUUAUAUGGUGUGUACAAGCUCAAUGGAGUUGAGAACGAGAUGAAAACGGGAGCAAUCACUAGGUCUGGACUAGAGCCUGCAAAAUUUGAUAGGGUGGACCUGCGCAGAAUUUACCAAGAUGCAGAAAUGAUCCUUACCAAAGAUAUAACCUCAAACAAAGACUCCAUACCAAUUAAGAACGGCAAUCAAGGACGAGAGUCCAAGGAUCUCCUGGAUCUCAGUCCCGAUGAAAUUGUUUUCUAUGUUGGAGGCUACCCAGCCAACUUCACUCCUCCAGCUUCCCUCAGAUACCCCAAUUACACAGGCUGCAUUGAAUUUUUCUCUCUUAAUGACAUAGCUGUCAGUCUCUAUAAUUUCAAAAGAGAAGACAAUAUUAAUAAGGUGACUCCAUGCAAGAGGUAUGCUAAACCUCUUGAUUCUGACUACUACGAAGGCACCGGAUUUGGCCGAGUGGUGGUGGAUAAUACAGUGGGCACCUUUAUCAUCAGUAUGUCCGUUAAUACGCGCUCACAAAAUGGCCUACUCUUAUAUGUAGAAAGUGAGGACCAGUACUUCUAUGUCACCAUGGAGGAGGGUGUCAUUUUUAUACAUGGUUCUCUCUUUGAGACAUCAGCUUCUAAUAAGCAGAAGGAUUUCCCGACAGAAGACUGGGUUGAUAUACAAGUCUAUGUGACAACAAAGAAAGAGUUCAAUGUGCGUGUGGGACGUAAUGAAGCUGCUAAAGCAAAGCAAAGCAAAGCUGAUUUCGACAUACAAAACAUUAAAGAUGUUUAUAUUGGUGGUGCACCUCAACACUUGAGGGAACGGCAUAACAUCACCAUACAGCCAUUUAAAGGAUGCUUGAAGAAUCUGAAGCUGAAUAGAGGCUUUAAGCCUCUUGAUGAAAAAGUGGGCAUCAUUAAAGGUUGUCCUGUGGAAUCGCUGAGUGUACGUAAAGCAGAGUUCACUUUAGGAAGCACUCUCUCAGGUAACCUUGAAGGCUUUACUCUGGAUAACGACGUGACCAUUUCCCUUGGAUUUAAGAGCACAGAGAAUGAGGGUCUUAUUUUGCGAGACAAAAAGCAGGCUAAUGGGAUUGACCUUGGAAUGGAAAACGGCUACGUGACUGUCUAUUUCAACAACAAGAUGUGGAAAUCUACCAAACAGUACAAUGACGGACGCUGGCAUUACGUGACUGUGACGAAAAGAAGCGGAGGGAUCCGGAUGGUUAUUGAUGAUGAGGAUGAAGGGCAGGAGGAGAGCAGUGACCACUUCAUACCUGACACAAGUGGCUCUCUCGUCCUGGGAAAUGAGAAUUUCAAAGGCUGCGUUUCCAACCUCUACACAAGACGGCCAGACAAUCUGUACAAGGCUGAGGACCUCAGCAGAUUCGAGGCUGACGGAAAGGUUUUAGUGGGUGUGUGUUCUCCCUUGACUCCCGUUCAACUGAUGCUGGACCGUAACUCUAAGAAGGAUGAUGUGAAAUCUGUGAGCAAUGAGAGUGUGUCAGCAUGUGCGUUACCAGCCAUGGAUCAACAUGCUUAUCGCCUUGGAGGGACUGUUAGCAGACUGAGCUACAGCCUUCCUCUACAGGUCCUGCAACCCAGACCGCAUUUUUCUCUUGAAGUCAGGACUCGAUCGCAUGAAGGCAUGCUGUUCUUUGCUGCAACCAGAGGAGGGCAAUCUCAUCUUGCUUUAUACAUGUCGAAGGGCAGGAUCAGGCUUUCUGUGGGCAAACAGAAGAUCUUCAACCGAGAAAAGUACAAUGAUGGAAAGUGGCACACGGUAAUGUUCAGUUUGGAAAAGAAGAAAUUCCGGCUGGUUGUAGACGGAAUUAGAGCUCAGGAUGGGCAGCUGACUAAUGCAGAGCUGUCAUCCAUGAAGCAGCAAUUCCUGUCCCCUGUCUACUUGGGCAGUACCCCACAUUCCCUUCACAAAGAGUUAAAGUCGAAGGGCCUUCCGAAGCACAGUGUGUCUGGUUGCGUACGCAAUUUUAAGAUGAAUGGAGCCCAAAUGUCAAAUCCAACCGCAAAUCAUGGUGCUGGCCCCUGCUUUGAGGGACAGACACAAAGAGGCGCUUACUUCUCAGGGAAUGGAGCACACGUCGUUGUCAAUGAUUCCUUUGUUGUGGGCUCCAGCUUUGAGCUGCUGUUUAACAUUCGUCCACGGAGUCUGACAGGACUCCUGCUUCAUGUAGGUGUGUACAGCAAGACUCCAAAUGGACUGCCGAUGGGUCACUAUCUCAUUAUCUAUAUGCUCGGAGGAGAGGUGGUUGCACGAGUAAACAAUGGAAAUGGAGAAUUCAUGGUGUCAGUGAAGCCAAAAGCUUCUUUAUGUGAUGGAGUAUUCCAUAAAAUUUCAGUAAUCAAGAGGAAGAAUGUUGUGCAAUUGUAUGUGGACACACUGGACAACUACAAGAUUGGACCACCAUUUUCCAAUAUACCUUUGACCAAAGACCCACUGUAUGUGGGUGGCAUUCCUGCGAUCUUAAUGCAGCAGAGGCUUCCUGUCACAUCCUCCUUUGUUGGAUGCAUCCAGGACAUGGGGAUCAACGGAGAACUGGUCUCCUUCGAAAGGCCGUCAAGCGUGUUUGGUCCAGUCAACGUCAAGGAGUGUCCAGGCUGAACAUAAAGAUCUCCUCAAACCAUCAGUAAACAAACCCUGGGACCAUGUCCACCACCAGCUAUGUGCAAUCUGUUACUAUGACAGAGAAUGUGUUAGCAUGUUGGAGUGCGUGUGUAAGACGAUUGCGUUUCAGCGUGAGUGUGUUUGGAUGAAUGUACGUGAAAAAUAAAUAUAUGAGCAGCAGCUUACAGGUUCAUAAUGUUUGCUGUUAAGUUAAACAUGUCUAUAUUUAUUUAGUGUAAAGUCGUGUAUUGCCUCACCAAUUACAAAUGCAUAUUUUGACGGCUGCAAUAAACUCUACUUUGUUGGUCUAGUCAGUCUCUACUGACUAUCAAAUGCUACUGAAUAUGCUUGUAAGUGGUCAGUGCUGCGUUACAGUCAGCCCAGCACUUUCAGAAAACAAGUAUUGCUUUUGGUGCUGCGAAAGAGAUCAAGAUUAUUAACUGAUGUACUUUUGGUUUGCUUGUUGGACUCAAUAGCUUAUACUAAGAAAAAUGAUGUUUACACCCAUGAUUCUCAAUUCAGUGACAUUUCAGGGGUUGCUAAGCUAUUCUGUAUUCAUAGCCACAUGCCAGCAUGCAGAAUUCUGCAUUUUAACUGGCUUAAGAGACAUGGACUCUUUGCACAUGUUUUCAAACCACAUGUUUUUCGCCCCCAGUGUUGUAUUACUGUUCUGAUGUGAUUUUCCAUUUUGCAUUCCCUUUGCAUGAGAAUAUGGAUGUAUAUCUUACAGUAGUUACACCAGAUAACAGCAUGUACUAAAUUUUGUUUCUAUCAGUUAAAUAACCAAUAUACCUAGAUGCCAUUAGAAUAAGUUUGGUCAGUCGUGUUUGGGACCAUUGCAAAAGUAAUAACAGAAAAAGUAUUUUUAGGUACUUAUAUUCACAAAAAAAGGUGUUUACUUUUCUAAAUUGUGCAUUUAUGCCAGACUUUAAAUAACAUUAUAUCUCAAUAUGAUGUAAAAUUCAUAUUAAAUUGGGCACACUGUACAUGCAUUCCUGUCUUGUGGCAACUGAUUUGUAAGCCAUUAUGUAACCUGUCUGAUUAAUAUUCUUUAUGAAUACCUGUCAGUGCCAUAAAUAAAUA